UUAUAAAUCAAGCUUCCUCAAAGCAUCAAUUGGAAGACAAAGUUUCUAAAUCUUACUUUUUACUUCAUUGCCUAUAGAUAAAAACCUCUCUCAAAAUCUGAAAUUAUGAUUUCAUUUGUCAUUCUUCUGUUAGCUCUUACUGCCAUUCUGACAUUUCUUCUGCAAAAACACAGAAAUAAAAGAAACCUUCAAUGGCCACCUGGCCCUCAAGGUCUUCCUUUAAUAGGAAACUUACACCAACUUGAUAGCUCAACCUCUCAGUUCCACUUAUGGCAGCUUUCCAAGAAAUACGGACCUCUAAUGUCGUUACAAUUAGGUUUUGUGCCUGCUCUAGUUGUUUCCUCAUCCAAAAUGGCUGAAGAAAUAAUGAAAACCCAUAAUCUCAAAUUUAGUAGCAGACCUCCAAAGCUAGCCCAACAAAAAUUGUCAUAUAAUGGCUUAGACUUGGCUUUUGCACCUUAUGAUUUUUGUUAUAUUGAGAUGAAGAAGAUUUGUGUGGUUCACCUCUUGAAUUCCAAUAGAGUGAAAGCUUCUUAUCCCAUUAGAGAAUUUGAGGUUACCCAAAUGCUUGAGAAUAUAUCUAAAUUGGCUGAUGCUUCUCAAUCUAUAGACUUAUCUAAAACUAUUUUUUCACUUUCAAGAACUAUAAUUUGCAGAGUUGCUUUUGGUAAGAGAUAUGAUGAAGAAGAGACAAAUCAAAGGAAAUUUCAAGCAUUACUUCAAGAAACUGAGGCUUUAUUUACAACCUUUUUUGUUUCAGAUUAUUUUCCUUUCUUGGGUUUUAUUGAUAAACUCAUUGGGUUAAUGCAUCGCCUAGAAAAAAAUUUCCAGGAAUUUGACAUUUUCUUGGAAAAUAUAGUCCAAGAACAUCUUGAUUCAAGUAGAUCGAAGACUCAUAUACAAGAAGACAUCGUUGAUGUUUUGCUCCAAAUCUGGAAGGAUGGUUCUUCUAAAGUUGAUCUUAGCCUUAAUCAUAUCAAAGGAGUAAUCAUGAACAUAUUCGUUGGUGCAUCUGACACCAUUACAGCAACUGUGAUUUGGGCCAUGACGUACCUAAUGAAGAAUCCUAUAGCAAUGAAGAAAAUUCAAGAGGAAGUUAGGGGCAUUGUUGGAAACAAAGGUUUAGUAAAUGAAGAUGACAUUCCAAACCUAUCUUAUCUUAAACUUGUCGUCAAAGAGACAUUGAGAAUGCAACCUCCUAUUCCUAUAAUUCCAAGAGAAUCUACUCAAGAUUGUAGGAUAGAUGGAUACCAAAUACCGGCUAAAACUGUUAUUCAUGUUAAUUUAUUUGCUAUUGGAAGAGAUCCUCAAGCUUGGGAAAAUCCAGAAGAAUUUUGCCCUGAAAGGUUUAUUGGUAAAUUUAUUGACUUCAAAGGGCAAAAUUGUGAACUAAUACCAUUUGGAGCUGGUAGAAGACUUUGUCCUGGGAUUUCUAUAGGUCUUGCAACGGUAGAGCUAUGUCUUGCUAAUUUGCUUUAUAAAUUUGAUUGGGAAUUGCCUAAUGGAAUGAAGAAGGAAGAUUUGGACAUGGACACACAACCUGGCAUCACCAUGCACAAGAAAAAUGCUCUUUGCCUUAUGGCUAGGAGGUACAUAUGAUGUAUGAUGGCAUAUUGAUCCCAUAUUAUGUUGAUUUAUAUUUAUAAGCUAUAGCUAUGAAUAAAACCCACGUUUUAACUCUGUUGUGAUGCUAAAUUGCUAACAAUAUUUUUGUAUUCGUUUUAUAUGUAAAUGAUAAGUAUUAUUUGUAGAGAA